AUGGUAUGUACAGGAAGCCCGGCAAGAAUUUCUGGCGGUACAAUCGCCAAUAUAAACGAUUAUCCGUUUGCAACAUCCCUUCUAAGCAACCAAGGCCAAGGAGCAUAUAACCAGGCAUGUGGUGGUACAAUCAUUUCAAGGACAGCUAUCCUGUCUGCUGCUUCUUGCUUCGUUACGAAUAAUAUGGUUGAACCAGUACUGUGGUGGCGGGCCAGGAUCGGAACAGCCAACUCUAACACUCAAGGCCUGGUCCAUCUCAUUCGCCAGAUCACAGUUCACGAGGACUACCAAGCUGUUACUCGAGUCAACGACAUCGCAGUGCUCAGGACCUCUGUCGCCUUUGUGUAUGGAGAUACUGUACAAGCAGCAGAUAUCGCUGGUGGAGCAUACUCAUUGGCGGUUAACGAUCGUGUUUGGGGAAUUGGAUGGGGUGCCACUUCGGUGGUAGGAUCAUCAUCACCUGAACUUCGCCAUGUCGAGAUAUUUAUAAACGAUCAACAAAUAUGUGCUAGCCGUUAUAGCGAGAUUGGCUUCGACGUCACCAAUAACAUGUUAUGUGCCGGCUGGCUCGAUGUUGGAGUCAGAGGACAGUGUCAGGGUGAUACAGGCAGUCCACUUCUUCAUCAAGGGGUCGUUGUGGGAGUGUAUUCUUGGUCUCAGGGUUGCGGAAACAGUCGCUACCCUAACAUAAAUACAAGAGUUUCAGCGUAUUCAAGAUGGAUAGAGGCAACUGCUACUGCAGCUUUAACCAAU